AUGAAGGGUUUACAUAUGUUUAAAUAUACUUUGCCUGGUGAGUAACCAAUUAGUUUGAUAUUAUAAGAAAAAGAUCAAGGAAAAUUAUUUCUCGGAAAUUUAGAUUGCCUUCAUAAUUAAUAAAUUUUAGAAAUUAAUAACAUAAAUUGUAUAUUGUCAAUAUGUACUGAAGAAAGUAAUAAAUAUUAAUACAUAGAAAUUAUGGUUGGUCCAAAAUAUAAAUAAAUAUACUUGGAUAUUCAUGAUAAUAUGAAUUCUCAAAUAAGUAAUGUUUUCGAAAGAUCUUUCAUAUUUAUCGAAAACUCAUUGAAAUUUCAAUAAAAUAUUCUUGUUCAUUGUGCUGCAGGGAUCUCAAGGUCAGCAACAUUAGUUUUGGCUUAUCUUAUGAAAAGUUUUCAAUAUACUUUAGAACAAGCUCUAAGAUAUCUAAAAUAAAAGAGACCAUAUGUUCGACCCAACCCUGGAUUUUUACUUCAGUUACUUGAUUAUGAGAUGUAAUUUAAUUAAUAUAAAUUUAGAAUGUUGCAUGGAUAUAUUACAAGUAAUUUAGGGCCAGAAUUAACCCCUUUUGAUAUUUAGAGAGAUCCUCAAUAUAAACCACAACUUAGAGUUGAAUUAAGGAAAAGUCUUCCUUUGAAAUAAAUUCCUGGUUCAUCUCCAUUAACAAAAGUCGAACGAAAGACACAUACAGAAAUAUUGACUAGAGUUUCCUUAUCUAUAUCUACAUUCUAGCCAAAAGCCUUUAAAUCAUGA